UCUGAAACGGAAUAAAAAUUUCCCCUGAAACUCAAUUUCUUUUGUUUUCCGAUUCAUCUCCGGUGUCGGGUGUCGGUGAUUCUCUUUUUGAAAUUAAAAAGAUCGUAUCUUUCUGUGUUUUUUUAUUGUUUACUGGUGUUUUGUAUUGUAACAGCUUUAAUCAACUGAAAAGAGUAUAGAUAGAGUGUUUUUUGUUGUUGUAAGAAUUCAAAAAUGGGAGAAACAGCGAAUCACGAGCAUCCUCCGCAGCCUCAGCCCACGCCGCCGCGGCCACCUGUUGUUCUUCCGCCGCUAGGAGCCGCAAGGGGACCUCCUUUCCCUCCGGCUGAACAGCUACUGCAUCUUCAUUACUGCAUCCACUCUAACCCUCCAUGGCCUCAAUCUGUGCUCUUGGCAUUUCAACACUAUAUUGUGAUGCUUGGAAACAUUGUUGUGGUUGCUACUCUGCUUGUGCCUAGAAUGGGUGGAGGUCCAGGUGAUAAAGCCCGUGUGAUUCAAUCAUUGCUGUUUAUGUCGGCAAUUAAUACUCUUCUUCAAACAUGGUUGGGCACGAGGCUUCCAACCGUUAUGGGUCCAUCACUGGCUUAUUUAUUGUCUGUUUUGGCUAUUAUCAAUGAUCUCUCUAAUGAGACAUUCUUCUCCGAGCAGGAGAGAUUCCUCCACACAAUGCGAGCGAUUCAAGGAUCACUGAUAGUAUCUUCGUUUGUUACCAUUUUGCUUGGAUACAGUCAAGUUUGGGGUAAAUUUAUAAGGUUUUUGAGUCCUCUAGUUAUUGUUCCCGUCGUGUGUUUGGCAGGCCUUGGUCUAUUCGGACGAGGGUUUCCACAGCUUGCAAAUUGUGUGGAGAUUGGUCUUCCUAUGCUUAUCUUACUUGUCAUAUCGCAACAGUAUUUGAAGAAUAUUCACCCUAUAACGCGCCCGAUACUCGAGAAGUUCGCUUUGCUAAUUUGUGUUGGGCUCAUAUGGUCAUUUGCAGCUAUUCUUACUGCUGCUGGUGCUUAUAAUCGAGCCAAGGCUGAAACACAAACUAGUUGUCGUACGGAUCGUACGUUCCUUAUGUCGUCUGCUCCAUGGAUCAGAAUCCCUUACCCGUUGCAAUGGGGUACUCCGAUAUUUAGAGCUAGCCAUGUCUUUGGCAUGAUGGGGGCAUCACUUGUUUCUUCUGCUGAGUCGACUGCAACAUUUUAUGCUGCGUCCCGUUUGUCUGGCGCAACACCCCCUCCGACGUAUGUGAUCACUCGAAGCAUCGGUCUGCAGGGAAUCAAUCAGCUGCUCGACGGUUUAGUAGGAGCUAUUGUUGGCAGUACAGCUUCUGUAGAAAAUGUCGGCCUUCUUGGACUAACUAAUGUGGGGAGUAGAAGAGUGGUGCAGAUUUCAACCGGUUUCAUGCUCUUCUUCUCCAUAUUUGGAAAGUUUGGGGCCUUCUUUGCGUCGAUUCCAAUUCCGAUAUUUGCAGCUGUCUUUUGCGUCUUGUAUUCUAUUGUUUCUGCGAUUGGGAUUUCAUUUGUUCAAUUUGCCAAUAAGAACUCGAUUCGGAAUAUUUACAUAUUGGGUCUGUCUCUAUUCCUUGGAAUAUCGAUACCUCAGUAUUUCGUGAUGCACACUGACCUCACUGGGCAUGGACCUGUCAGAACUGGGGGUGGAUGGUUCAACAACAUAUUGAAUACAAUAUUCUCAUCGCCUCCUACGGUCGCGUUGAUAGUGGGGGCGAUAUUGGACAAUACUUUGGAGGUGAAACAUUCGAGGGACGACAGUGGAAUGCCUUGGUGGACUCCUUUUCAAAGACGAGAAGGCGAUAGCAGAAACGAAGAAUUCUAUAGUUAUCCUCUUAGGAUACAUGAAUAUUUGCGCAGUAGGUUCUUUUGAAAAUGAGGAAGAAAAGAAAAGGAAAGGUGAAAGGCAGAUAAACUAUUCAAUUUGGUAGCAGAAGAAGAUGAUGAAGAAGAAUCAUUGUUGUAGAUUUUCUUAUUUACAAUCUCAAUUUCUCUCUUUCUCUUUCUUUUGUACAAAAUUAAACCUCAGAUAACUGCCUCAGGUUCCUUUUUAGCUAUCAAUUCUAGAGUUUAAAAGACAUAAUUU